GAAUUUAGUAAAAAAUAUGUCCAAGCAGAAGGUCCCAUCAAUAAAAGUAUAAGAGUAAUGAAUAAAUAAAUAAAUCAAUAAAAUUAUUUUCUUCUUCACUCUCGCGGUCGUUCGCUCGCUCGCUCGCUCGCUCCAUUUAUAAUUUUGUAAAUUUCAGUUUAUCGCUCAAUAUUUUCACUGGUACAAUUGCGAUAAUUCUUUUUUCGUGAUCCUUUUUGCUGCUCUUUAUUUGAGACUGUUCAGUAUUGACAGGAAGGUAACAACACGGCCUUUACCAUAUAGUUUGUUACUGAUACAAAUGGCUAGUUUGUUGUCGGGUGAGUCAUCCAAAAUUUCACUGGACAAACCAGAAGAAGGUGGUCGCUGGUACUUUUCCAGGGAAGAAAUUGAAGAGAAUUCUCCCUCUAGAAGAGAUGGAAUUGAUUGGAAAAAGGAGACUUAUCUUCGCAAGUCAUACUGCACAUUUCUACAAGACUUGGGAAUGAGACUUAAAGUACCUCAGAUAACAAUUGCUACAGCAAUAAUAUUCUGCCAUCGGUUCUUCCUUCGUCAAUCACAUGCAAGGAAUGACAGAAGGACCAUAGCCACAGUCUGUAUGUUUCUGGCAGGGAAGGUUGAGGAGACUCCCCGUCCACUGAAAGACGUUAUAUUUGUUUCAUAUGAAAUUAUCCAUAAAAAAGAUAAGGAUCUUGAUGCAAUUAAUAGGAUCAAGCAAAAGGAGAUUUACGAACAACAGAAAGAAUUAAUUUUAAUUGGGGAAAGGGUUGUACUGUCAACUCUUGGUUUUGAUCUUAAUGUACUCCAUCCAUACAAACCCCUUGUUGAGGCAAUAAAGAAAUUCAAGGUUGCUCAGAAUGCCCUUGCACAAGUUGCAUGGAACUUUGUCAACGAUGGACUGCGGACCUCUCUUUGCUUACAGUUUAAGCCCCACCAUGUUGCUGCGGGGGCCAUUUUUCUUGCUGCAAAGUUCCUCAAAGUAAAGCUUCCAUCAGAUGGCGAGAGGGUAUGGUGGCAAGAAUUUGAAGUCACCCCACGCCAAUUGGAAGAGGUUAGCAACCAAAUGUUGGAACUCUAUGAACAAAACCGAGUUCCGCCUUCCCAGUGUGGUGAAGUUGAAGGAAGUGCUGCAGCAGGGAGUAUUCAGCGGGCGUCAUCAAGAACUUUGUCUAGCAGUGAAGAAUAUCCGACAACUAAUAGUUAUUCGCAGGCUAGUUGUACAACUUCAAGAACCUUAAAGCCUGCAUCAAUUAAGCCAGUGUCUGAGUGUUCUUUAGCUGAUAAUCAUUGUGGAUCUUCGAGAAUCACCCAAAAUCAGAUUAAUGACUGGGGAAAUGCAGAGAUGGAAAAUACUGUAGAUGACAAUGCAUGUGAAUCUAAAGAUGAUCUUCACCCUGAACAUGACGAAUUUUAUUACCAGAACAAAGGGGAAGCACAAAGCACAUUGAGAUUUGGGGCAGAUGCACUUGGUAAAGAAGAUCAAGAGAGGACAGUUGUGAGAAAUGAAACAAGAGAUGCAGGGGAAUUAAAGGAGAAGCAUUCUAGCCGAAAAUCAGAACAUAGAGGAGGUUUAGUUAGCCAGUCACCUCAGGAAGCUAUCAAGAAGAUUGACAAAGACAAGGUAAAGGCAGCACUAGAGAAACGAAGGAACUCCCGAGUAGACGUAACUCGGAAAACUGAUUUGAUGGAUGAUGAUGAUCUGAUUGAGCGGGAAUUGGAAAAUGGCGUUGAAUUAGCUGCAGGGAAUGAGAAAAACAAGCGCAACAGUAGGCAGAGCUGGUCACGCAGAUCAGAUUUCAGUUAUGCAGAAGACAGGGAGGUCCCAGUGCCUCAUGACCUUAGUCAUGGUUCUCAUUCACAAAAAUCAAGCAGCCGCAAGCGGAAGGUUGGAAGCUCACCCGAUAGAUCAUCGGAGGGAAAGCUGCGGCACAAUUACGGUUCUAUGUCCAAUCAUUAUAAUCAUCAUGACUAUGUUGAAGAUCAAAACCGAAGGGGCCGACUUGGUUACAUGGAGAGAGAUCAGAAAAGGCAUGUGCCGGAAAAUCGUGUCUGAACCCAUCCAAUGCCCCAUUGCUCGCUGGAGCUUCAUCUUGUUGGGGGUUCUCCACAUGGGCUCUUGAUCUCAACAGGUAUGGCUGACUGAAACAUUGAGCUCUUUCCUCAAGCGAAUUUUUUGGACCGAAUCUCAUUUUCCAGAAAAUUUUAAUGAGAAGAACAAUUUAUAUAAAUAAAUUACUAAUAAUCGGACUUGAAUAAAGGGGUGAUGUGAUUAUUAUUUUUUUUCUCAUUUUAAAAUCAGCUAAUCAUAUAUUGUCAAAUUAGUUAGUCAAAAAUAUUUGCACAUGUUCAGGAGUCACGCUGUAAAUUAGAUUUCCCAUACUCUAUUUUUUCAGAGUAUUUUGAACAUUUGCUUUUUGUGUAUUUUAAUAUGAUCGAAUUUUUCAAAUGGAAAUAGGCAAGAAACUCGCAGUAUUAGCUA